CCCUGGAAACUACACACGAGGCCGGGAGAGGCAUGGCCUGAGUUUGGCGGGAAGUGUGUGUGGUAGAUCUGACAACCGCUGUUGACUAGCCAGGCUACUGUUGACUGAAUUAAGAAGACGUCAUUACAUAUCUACAAGAUGAUUUCGCAUAAGAGCUUUUCAUAUGAGGAGGUGAAAGAAAUCAGUGACCAUUUGCUCUCAAAAACAAAACAGAGACCAACUAUUGGGAUUGUUUGUGGAUCUGGUCUUGGGGGAUUGGCUGAUGACAUAGAAAGCAAAGAAAUCUUCCCAUAUGACGACAUCCCAGGUUUCCCUCUUAGUACAGUUAAAGGGCACCAUGGAAAAUUGAUUUUUGGUGUGUUGGAAGGAAAGCCAAUUGUCUGUAUGCAAGGGAGGUUUCAUGUCUAUGAAGGACACUCUAUUUACAAAACAGCGUUGCCGAUCAGGGUGAUGGUAAAUCUUGGAAUCAAAUAUUUGUUCGUCACUAAUGCCGCUGGUGGAAUCAACAAAUCGUUCAAGGUUGGUGAUUUGAUGGUGAUUCAAGAUCAUAUUGGACUGCCGUUGUUGAAUUGUGUUAACCCACUGGUUGGACUUAAUGACGAAAGGGUCGGACCAAGGUUUCCUUCAUUUACUGAGCCAUACAGCAAAGUAUUGAUUAAAACGAUCCAUGAAACUGCUAAGGAGUUAGGCCUAUCAGAGUUCAUGAGGACCGGUAUUUACUUUAUGCAAAGUGGACCUUGCUUUGAGACGCCAGCUGAAGUACGAUUUCUACACGCGGUUGGCGCUGAUGCGGUUGGCAUGAGCACGGUCCCAGAGGUUGUUGUUGCAAUUCACGCCGGUGUCAAAGUUGCUGGAAUAUCUCUGAUUACCAACCAGGCAAUUCACGACUACGAGGAUCGUCCGCCACCCAAUCACGAGGAAGUAAUGGCUGUUGGUAAACAAAGGUCAAGCGAUAUAAUCAGAAUCUUACGCAGAGUCCUUUCAAAAAUUGAUUAAUUCUGUUUUUGGGCAAUUAGACUUUGAAAUCAUUAUCAUUAUAUUUAGUCUCAGAAUAUUUUAAGAACGCAUUAUUUUAAACACAGAAUAAGGAGCCCCUGUUUAUUCUCGAUAUGUUUUGCAAAGCAUUUAUUUACAAACAGUUAAUAAAAUCUUAUUCCCUUUUAGAAUCAAGUUGUACUGGUAAACUAAUUUGUUCCCAACACCAUCCACGCUCUUUCUACUUAUCAUUUUAUUUUAUCAUCCGUGAAAUGGCUUUGUGAUAACGGAUAUUGAAAACCAAUAAGAAACUUUUAUAUUUAUCCCUUCCUGAUUUCACAAAAGUUCUAUCUGCCAUGAUUUAGUGAAGGUUAAUCGAGGAGCCUAUAUGUUCAAAGUGAAGUUAAAGAUUAAAGCAAAUCUUUCUGAAUCUAAAAACAUUGAAAAUCAUUUGAAGGUACAGAACACCAAUUCAAUUUUUGCUUCAUCUAUUUUACAACCCUCUUUACAUCAGGCCAUCUUAGAUUCCCGCCUCUUCUAUCGGUUGGUUGUUGUUUGUCUCUGCAAAGAGUUUUCGUGUAAAAGUAUUUAUUUAAAUACCAGUACGUAUUAUAAUGGUAGUGUCACCCUAUUUAUUCCGAAACAAUGUGAUUUGGUGUAUGAUUCAACUUAUAAUUUUAAUUUACCCAUUUAUUGUGUAUUCCUUAGUUUUUGUUCAAAUAUUUAAAUGGAGUCGUGAAA